GCAGUUCCGCCAAUCCCACCAAUUCCACCAUCAACUUACAACUUUGAUAGGCCAAUGAUUCGGUUUGUCUCUGUGCCCAUUGAUAGGGUAUCAAUAUGUGGACCAAUUCAAGAAUUUUUAAAUCAACUUUAUGAUAUAAUGAAUCCAAAACCUGUGGUUCCAACAAAUCAAAUUCUAAUACCAGUUCAUGAAUUACAACUACCAAACAUUCUAGAAAAAUUUCCUUACAUUACUAUUCUAGAUUCAUCUUACUCGAUCCAAGCCAUCAGUCAAGUUUCUCUUAGAACAGUAGUUUUUCCAAAACUUUUGGGGUUUUCUUAUAAACUAUCUUUAGGAAUUAAAGUCACUUCAGCUCUACGUACAAUUUCACCUUGGACUACACAUAUUGGUGUAGGUCUUUGUAACGUGUUUGAUAAAUUGGAGAUCGACCAAAAUAUAUUAAAAAUUUCCAAAGAAAUUGCUAGUAUUGUUUCAAACGAAAAAGACUUUGAC